AACCAACGCUAAAAUGGGGGAGAGAGGCUAGGGCUGUAUUUGAAAAUGUAUAAAUUAUGCAAAUACAAAACAUAUUAGCAGUUUCUAUGAUAUUACCAUAAAUUCCUGAUAUCAAUACAACGUUUGAUAUAUACACUAAACCUUUACUAUGAAUUUCAGGAUACGAACGUUUGACUUAACCCCCCCCAACCAUUAUCAUGUUGGUAUCUUCCCAUGUCAAAGUUGACGUGCUUUACUGUCAUGUCUUUGUUGCUUCAAUGCUAGCAAGUCCAGCGCGAAAGUGAUUGAGCACAGUUGUUUUUAAGAAAGAAAUAACAAAUUCAACAAUUUCUGUAAUAGUAAAUCCAAGAUGGAAGAAAAGCUGUAUGGAUCAGUGCCUGUCCCCUCGGAAUAUCUUCAACAGUGGAUUCAGUCAGCUCAACAGCUUCAGGCUCUGCAGGGCCAGUAUCCGGGCAUCAACCAUCACCACAGUCCUCACCCUCACUACACAGAGGAAACAAGAGAGGAGAGAGUAAUGACACAUGCACAUAUGGCUGUCAAUGAUGAGCUCAUGGCUCAGCAAGAACCUGCCAACUUAGCGAAAGCUCCAGCGAAAAAGCGAGGGAGAACAGCACAACCAAAGGAACCCAAGCCACCCAAAAUUCCCAAGCCCCCCAAGGCCAAACCGGGCCCCAAGCCCAAGAAAGGCAAGGAGGGUCAAGAGGCUGACGGCACGCAGGAGAAGAUGGACGAGACCGUCCAGAAGGUCAGGAAGAAACGAGACCGAUUCAAGGGCAUGACGGAAGAUGAGGUCAUGAGCAGAACUCUGACUGACAUUCUUGACUACAACUUGGACUAUGUCAUUAUUGGAAUCAACCCAGGUCUGGUGGCAGCCUAUGUUGGACGAUGGUUCCCUGGCCCUGGAAACCAUUUCUGGAAGUGCCUGUUCUUGUCUGGAUUCACUGAUGAGCAGCUCAACCACAUGAGUGACACCAGCCUGCCAGCGAAAUAUAAGAUCGGUUUCACCAACAUGGUGGCAAGGACAACGCCUGGAAGCAAAGACCUUUCAACCAAAGAGCUACGUGAGGGUGCCUUAAUUCUUGUGGAAAAGCUGAAGACGUACAAGCCUCUCAUAGCUGUUUUCAAUGGAAAAUGUAUCUAUGAAAUGUUCUGCAGAGAGAUGUUUGGAAAAAAGCCCAAGAAACUUGACUUUGGUCUGCAGCCACACAAGAUACCUGACUGUGAAGUGGCGUUGUAUUUGAUGCCGUCGUCCAGUGCCCGCUGUGCCCAGUUCCCCCGUGCCCAGGACAAAGUGCACUUCUACAUCAAGCUGAGGGAAUUAAGGGACCAGCUCAGGGGCGUGGCCAGAACAGACGACAUUCAGGAGUUGGAGUACACCUUUGACCUGGGACUGGCCAAGGAGGACGCCAAGAGGAUGGCGAUUAAAGAGGAGGCGUACGACCCGGGCUAUGAGGCGGCCUUUGGCGGCGCAUAUGGCGAGGGUGGGCCGGGGCCUGAAGAGGGCCAGAGCAAUGGCAACGGGCACUGUAACUUCUCGUCGGCGGAAAACACAGGUCAGUACAGAGAUGCCUGGAUGGACCUUAGAACUGGGAUAAGCA